AUGGCUAAUCUACUGUUUCUUUCGUGUACGUUCUUUCUUUACUUCUCGCGUUUAAUCUUUCUUUUUUUCGUUCUUUCUUUCUUUAAUUCCUGCUUUUUUACUUUCUUUCAUUCUUUCUUUCUUUCUUUCUUUACGCUGUGCUUUUUAAUCUUUCUUUCUUUUUUCUUUACCCCCUGCUUUUUAAUCUUUCUUUCUUUCUUUCUUUCUUUCUUUCUUUCUUUCUUUCUUUCUUUACACCCUAUUUUUAAAAUCUUUCUUUCUUUACACCCUGCUUUUUUAAUCUUUCUUUCUUUCUUUCUUUCUUUCUUUCUUUUUCUUUCUUUUACGCUAUGUACUCACGUCAUUUCUUUCUUUCUUUCUUUCUUUCUUUCUUUCUUUCUUUCUUUCUCAUUCCGUCUAAGUUGUACCCAAAUCAUUUCUUUCUUUCUUUCUUUCUUUCUUUCUUUCUUUCUUUCUUAUAUUUCUUCUUUCUCUUUCCAUCUAAGUUGUACUCACGUCAUUUCUUUCUUUCUUUCUUUCUUUCUUUCUUUCUUUCUUUCUUUCUUUCUUUCUUUCAUAUUCCGUCUAAGUUGUACCCAAAUCAUUUCUUUCUUUCUUUCUUUCUUUCUUUCUUUCUUUCUUUCUUUCUUUCUUUUCUUUCACAUUCCGUCUAAGUUGUACCCAUGUCAUUUCGUUCUUUCUUUCUUUCUUCCUUUCUUUCUUUCUUCCUUUCUUUCUUUAUUUCUUCCUUUCUUUCUUUCUAUCACAUUCCGUCUAAGUUGUACCCAUAUCAUUUCUUUCUUUCUUUCUUUCUUUCUUUCUUUCUUUCUUUCUUUCUUUCUUUCUUUCCCAUUCCGUCUAAUUGUACCCAUAUCAUUUCUUUCUUUCUUUCUUUCUUUCUUUCUUUCUUUCUUUCUUUCUUUCUUUCCCAUUCCGUCUAAGUUGUACCCAUGUCAUUUCUUUCUUUCUUUCUUUCUUUCUUUCUUUCUUUCUUUCUUUCUUUCUUUCUUUCCCAUUCCUAGUAUAUUUAAGUUUAUCUAUCUAUCUAUCUAUCUAUCUAUCUAUCUAUCUAUCUAUCUGCAUCUAUCUAUCUAUCUAUCUAUCUAUCUCAGUCUGCAUCUAUCUAUCUAUCUAUCUAUCUAUCUAUCUAUCUAUCUAUCUAUCUAUCUCAGUCUCUUCAUCUCUCUUUCUCUAUCUGAAGAUGUUCAUAUCUAUCUAAGUCUGUUCCAAUCUAUGUCUGUUCCAAUCUAUCUAUCUAUCUAUCUAUCUAUCUAUCUAUCUCAGUUUGUCCAACUCCCUUUGUCUAUCUCUCUGUAUCUCAAUCUCUAUCUCUCGAUCUCUCUCUCUAUAUAUAUGCGUGUGUGUUUGUGUUUGUGUGUGUGUGGUUUUCAAUCUAUCUAUCUAUCUAUCUAUCUAUCUAUCUAUCUAUCUAUCUAUCUCAGUUGGUUAAUCUCGCUUUCUCUAUCUGAAGAUGUUCAUAUCUAUCUCUCUAUAUCUAUCUCUUGGUUUAAGCCUGUUCCAAUCUAUCUAUCUAUCUAUCUAUCUAUCUAUCUAUCUAUCUAUCUCAGCCGGUGA